AUGAUUAAACAACAGCAACCACAACAACUUAAGGCACAGACCAUUACAUACGCCAUAUAUGCAUAUAAUUCAAAGACGGCAGAACAAACGCAAAUGUUGAAAUAUGGAGAUUUGGAGAUAGUAUUGAAAAAUGACCAUUUCGAAUUCGUUUGCAAAGGUGGUGCAGUGAUAUCAAAUAUAAAAGAAAUUUUAUUUAUGAAUUCAAAAAUUAAAGGAAUAACGGAUGAUAUAACAUCAAUUCCACCAGAAGAACAAAGAUAUUACGCAUUAAAUGCAUUUCCUAAAGUUUUGAAGAUUGGAAGAUUUAAUUUAAAUGAGGAAUUCAUAAAAGGUUUCCUAAAUGACAUAAUGAAGAAAGUAGAUAAGGAAUAUGUGACUAGUGAAUUAAUGAAGAAAGCAGAUAAGGGACUUGUGGCUAGUGCAUUAAUGAAGAAAGCAGAUAAGGAAUAUGUGAAUGAAAAAAAUAAUGAAAUUAAAGAAAUGGUUGGAUGGUAUCAUGAAUGGACAUCAAAGAUUUUAAAAACUAAAGCUGAUACGGGGUGGGUUUCAGAAUGUUUAGACCUUAAAGCGGAUAAAACAUAUGUCAACGAUGAGUUAGAGAAGAAAGCAGAUAAAGAAUAUGUGAAUGAAAUAUACCAAAGUUUGAUAGGAACAACUAAAAAUAUUGAAACUAUUGCUGGUGACUUUUCCGUCUAUGAAGAAAAUAAAUAUUUUAGAGGGCAAUUGGUACAUUCCUUAAAAAAUGGUAUGCGGUGUAAACUCAUUCCGAAAAAUAACAAUGAAAUGUAUGUAAGUUAUAAAAAGAAUGAUGACACACAAGUUAAAGUUCCAUUAGACAACAACUGUUACUUAAACUUAUAUGGAGACGAACAAAAGAAAUAUUUAAGAGUUUAUGAAAUGACAGAUAUGACAUUGUCUAACGUAGCUCCAGCACCGUAUUAUUUCGACUAUGGAGAUGAUGUCAGAACACCACAU